CAAUUGGUAUCCAACUUUCUUAUGGCCACAGUUGUAAAGAAUGCAUUUAUACCUUUUUAAACUGUUUGGAGGCAGCACUAUAAUGUGGGUAUAUAUAGUUGCAGGAUGCAUGCAACUUCUCAUCAUCACCAACAUUAACUCUCUCAGCAAUCAGAAACACAAGACUACUACAAUUCUAUUUGACUUGCAAUCUCAAUUCACCAUCAAGCAUGAAGAUUUCAGUUCAAGAACAAGUUAUUGGGAUUCCAAGUAGGCUUCUACUUGACAAUAUGGCUACCCAAUCCUAUGUUCCAACUCCUGCAAAUAAGUCUCUUGCUGUCAAGCAAGAUAAAUUAGAUUCAGUGCUGAAAAGGAUAAACAAGCUAGGAAGAAAAGCUGACAAAUUUGCACAUGGAAUCCGCGAGCAUGUGAAACUGGGAGCCAAAAUUACUGAAACUCUCAAGGGGAAGUUGAGCUUGGGAGCAAAAAUUCUUAAAGUGGGAGGAGUCAAGAAAAUUUUCAGGCAGUUUUUUACCGUCCGAGAAGGAGAAAGAUUGUUGAAGGCCUGCCAGUGUUAUUUGUCAACAACAGCAGGUCCUAUUGCAGGACUUCUAUUCAUCUCCAGCGAAAAGAUUGCUUUCUGUAGUGAAAGAUCCAUUAAAUUAUCCACUCCAGAAGGAAAAAUUGUCAGAAUCCAUUACAAGGCUGUGAUCCCUCUGAACAAAAUAAAGACUGCAAAUCAAAGUGAAAAUGUGACGAAACCAUCACAAAAGUUCGUAGAAAUAGUGACAGUUGAUGAUUUUGAAUUCUGGUUUAUGGGUUUCAUAAACAAUCAGAAGGCUUUCAAGUGUCUUCAGCAAGCAAUGUCUCAAGCUUGGAUGUCCGCAGCUACAAGUCACCUAAUUUAGUUUCUUGAUCAGACUGCAAGUAAAUAGUCAAUCACUUUAGUUGACCUUAACAAUUGUACAUAAUUGUUAUCAAUCUGUAACAAAGCAUCACCUUCUACUCCA